CUAGCAUUGUUCACGUACCCAUCGCAGUCAUCGCACUUGUAGGCGGCACCCACGACUCUCUACACCCCCCCGUAACCUCUCUUAGAAACUACAAUGGCAAAGGUGCCGAGGAGCUUCCGUCUCCUCGAGGAGCUUGAGAAGGGCGAGAAGGGCCUCGGUGACGGCAGCUGCAGCUAUGGUCUCAAGGACAGCGACGACCUCGCCAUGUACGAGUGGAACGGCACCAUCCUCGGCCCCCCUCACUCUGCCUUUGAGAACCGCAUCUUCAGCCUCAGCAUCUACUGCGGUGACAAGUACCCUGAUCUCCCUCCCAUUGUCAAGUUUGAGAGCAGGAUCAACCUUCCUUGCGUUGACCAGCGUGGCCUGGUCGACCUGUCGCGCGUGCACGCCAUCUCGCAGUGGAGGCGCGACUUUAGCCUCGAGAAUGUGCUCGUCGAGCUGAGGAGGGAGAUGGCUGCCCCCGCCAACCGCAAGACGCCUCAGCCUGCCGAGGGCUCCGAGUUUCCUCCGCUCGACCUCGUCGCGCUCGCCAAGCAGCGCAAGGCUUAGUCGUGCGACUCGCAGGUGCUUCAUGUCGUAUACCUUUUCACCGUUUGUUCAGCAGGCCAGCAGGGCUCCCAUGCAGUCACAUAUCACGCGA